AUGGUAUGGAGUUUUUUCAAGGAUGCGAGCUCACUUUGGGUAGCUUGGCUAAGGAAGAACGUGUUGAGAGAUGGCUCUUAUUGGAGUACUAUGCCGACGGCUAGACACUCUUGGAAUAUCAAGAAACUGAUCAGAAUGAAGGACUUAGCAAAGAGGUUUAUUAGAUGCAGGAUCGGAAAUGGAGGUACUGCUCUCUUCUGGCAUGAUAAUUGGACUGCUCUAGGUCCUCUUCUUGAUUACAUUGGGAGGGACGGACCUAGACUCCUCAGGAUUCCGAUAAACAGUACGGUUAGUGCAGCUACAGCGGGGGGACAUUGGUCACUACCUGGCGCUAGAUCCAGCAGGAUUCAAGAGCUCCAUGUACAGCUCCUAAUUCAAGACGUUCCUGAACCAACUCGUGGCGAAGACAGAUUCGAGUGGAAGAUAGCUGAGAAUGUAUACAAGGAUGAAUUUUCGACAACAAGUACCUGGAGAUUACUGAGGCAAGCUUCUCCAAAGGUGGAAUGA